UGCUGUUUUACAACAAGAACAUGGCUGGUGGGAGGACAGCGGCUGCUAGCGGCGGCGAUGAUGCUGGCAAAGCACACCAUCAACAUCAACCACCACGGGCGUCGUCCUCGAGCAUGGCGGCUCCAACAAGCACGUCCUCAUUGCUGCUGGCAUUCGCUUGCACGCUUGUGGUGACGGCGGUCGCGUACUCAAACAGCUACCAUGGCAAAUUCGUGUUUGACGACCUCCCAGCCAUCCAGCAGAAUGCUGAUGUGGACUCUUCCAAGACAUCAGUGCUGGAUGUGUUUAACGACAACUUUUGGGGCGAGAGGAUGGACGCGCACGACGCCCAACACGAGUCCUAUCGGCCGUUGACCACCCUCACCUUCCGCUGGGGACACGACAUCCACGGCAUGAACGAAACUGGUUUUCACAUCACCAACGUGGCCAUGCACACCAUUGCCAGCUGCUUGGUGGUGGUCAUGACACCUCUUGUGAUUGACGCACCGACAACACCCGAGCUUGUGCUCGUCGGCAGUCUCUUUGCAGCCCACCCCAUUCACACCGAGGCGGUGACCGGUCUUGUUGGCCGGGCUGAGCUGCUCUCUGCCAUCUUCUUCAUCGCUUCGUUUCUCGCUUACACCAGAGCAAGCAAGUAUGUUGGUGACAUCAAGGCAGCGGCAACAUGGGUUGCCAUCUCCGUCGCCCUCGCAACAGCUGCCAUGCUCUCAAAGGAACAAGGUGUCACUGUGGUUGGUGUCUGCCUCGCAUAUGAGCUCUUGGUCAACUGCAACCUCAAUCCCAUCGCCCUCCUGCUCCGUGCUCGGUCUGCAAAGGGGACAAAACGUCCGGGCGGAGGUCGGCGCCCAAAAGUGGCCGUCAGUGGCCCUUCGCAGCAGCAGAAGAAGGACAGGAGCAGUCCAUGGAUUACAGUGUCCACCGGUGCCGUUGUGCGCCUGCUGCUUCUGCUCGUCCUCUCCGCUAUCGUCAUGAAAUACCGCGUCUCUCUCAACAAAGUCCACAUCAAGGUGGAUGAGAAGACCAAUCCUGCCAACCACAUGGAGAGCUUUGUGUUCCGCUCUCUCACCAAAAACCUCUAUGUCACGCUGCACGCCUGGCUGCUCAUCUUCCCGCUCUGGCUCUGCUGCGACUGGUCGGCCGGCGCCGUUCCGAGUGUUACAUCUGCAUCGGAUCCCCGUAUUGUUUACAUCCUCCUGUUCUACCUCGCGUUGGCCGCAGUCAUCCUCGCUGCCCUUCGCGCACGCAGUCUACCUAAGACCGGAGACCAGCCCCUCUGGGACAACAUGACUCUCGAUGUGCACUCAGACACUAUCGUCGUCCGGCAAAAUACGAACGCGGACCCUUUAUCAGUCCAUCUGAUCACGGACAAGCCCUACAUUGGCUUCUGCCUGCUGCUCAUCAUUGGAGCACGAGUGCUUGCAGGCAACCGACCGCUCCAUUGGCGCUCAUACGCUGCGGCGCUUCUCGCCCUCGUUGUUGCUGCGUAUUCAUUCCGCACACACACCCGCAACGAGGAUUGGAAAGAUGAACUGUCGUUGUACCGAUCGGGUUUGAUUGCUGCGCCAACAAACGCAAAGUUGCAUCACAACGCCGCAUACUACAUGUCUGGCGAGGAACAAGAACACCAUUUCCGUGAAGCAAUCCGACUCUAUCCGCCUUACGUCUCCGCAUACAUCAAUCUCGGGGUCAAUUUGGCAAAGGCUGGGCGGAUUGAUGAAGCCAUUGAGACGUACAGGAGCGGGCUGGCGAUGCACUACAAGCAUCCAAUCUACUCGACCGAUGUCGGCGUCAUCCACCGCAACCUCGGAUAUGCGUACAUGCGCAAAGGCAAUCUCAACGCCGCCCUCGAGCAAUUCAAGGCGUGUUUGCAUGUGCGCACGGAUCGCACGCGCUGCCACCAAAUGGUGCAGCACCUCGAGCAGCAGAUUGCACAGCAGCAGCAACAACAACAACAGCAGCAGCAGCACAGCGGCAGCAGCAAGGGGCGGGGUAGCGAGUCUCGCAGUGGCGGCGAUGAUGGCGGUGACAGCCAGUUUCGCGAGAAGGUGGAGCAUGUUGGAGGAGAGAGGCUGGCGCGGCUGCGAAGGGAAAAGAGCGGCACAAUGGUGAUGUUCUAUGCACCGUGGUGCAACCAUUGCCGUGCCAUGCACACCGAUUACAUUAAGGCAAAGGGGCGCUUGAAUUCGCCGGUUGUUGCUGUGGACUGCACACAACAAGAGGAGCUUUGCAAGGACCAGGGCGUCACAGGAUACCCAACUCUCAGGUUGCUCGGGGAGACACGACAGGAGGAUGUGGAGUACACGGGUAACCGCGAGGCAGACGACGUGGUUGCGUUUGUUAUCGACAAGACCCGGCGCAACCGCAACUGACCCAACACGCAGUGCAGUGCUUCUACAUCCAUGGUUUGGGCAAGGGACAAGAAGGGGCGGGUGUAAUGAGGUAACGGGGCGACGAGCGAACACAUUAUCGAAGCAGUAAACACCCAGCAAGGUGUGCUGUGUAAAG